AUGUCCCCGGACAUCAUCCCCCUCCCCUCCCUCCCCAGUACCUCCUCCUCGGCACCAGCGAAUGGGGGUGGCAGCCAAUCCCUCCGAGAAGAGAUCAUCAAAGGUCUCCGUGGAACGCCCCAGGAUAUCAUCCCCGGAGAGGAAGAAGAAGACAAGGAAUGGAGGUAUAAGAGGAGUUUACCUACGAUGGUGCUUUAUGAUGAGAAGGGGUUGAGGCUGUACGACCAGAUAACAGAAGAAGCACCCGAAUACUACCUCUACCAAGCCGAACUCCAACUCCUCAAGACGCACAGUCGGGAGAUCGCAGCGCAGAUGGGUUUCCCUUCUCCUUCUCCUCAAACACCACAUCAAACACCAUUUCCACCUCCUCGACAGGACGACCAACCACCUCAAAACGACUCCCACUCCCCGCGAAUAGACAGGGAGGACGACGGGGAGACGGACGAGAAAUGGGGGGAUGUGAAGGUAGGGAGGUGGAACGGGGGUGUGAACGCGGAAGAAGGGUUGGAUGGCGAGCGAGAGAAUAAGAAUCAGAAGGAUGUGACUGCUGCGGGAAAAGGUAAGGGAGAAGGGAAGGGGUGGGAUAUCGUCGAGCUCGGUGCUGGAUCACUCCGAAAGACCUCCCACUUCCUCUCCGCCCUCGCCUCCUCCGUCCCCCCUAGUUCCAACUCCUCCCCUCCUCCGGUAACUUACCACGCCCUAGACCUCUCCCACCCCGAGCUCGUCCGGACUCUGGACAGCUUGGAGAGUACCAACAAGGAGCUCUUCCGAGGGAAAAUCGCGGUCAAGGGUCUUUGGGGGGAUUAUGAAAGGGGGAUCGAGUUUGUCAGGCGGGGUGGGUUGGACAAGGUGGAAGUGGCCGAAGAUAGACCUGGUAAUCCUCCGAGGGAGAAGAGCGAUUAUUUCGGAAACUCUAACGGGGUGGCUAGCGUGGCCGCUCAAGAAUCUCGAGGACGGAUCACCGAGUCUCCCGCACCUGUGACGCCGACCACUGCCGCUCGGACGCCUAGUACGGCUUCUUUCACCCAGCUGGCUGAAGAUGCCGCUUCAACCCUAUCCCAACAACAACGCCGUUCUAGCCGACCGCUCGCCUCCCCCUUGCUCCUCCCCCGGACGACGCACCAACUAUCCCGCUCCCAAUCCGGCCCGAGGCGACGAACUAGCAUGUCAUCCCUCAACUCGUUUUCCCUGGACGACGGACCGUUGGUAGAGCUGCAAGAGGAUCAUUCGGAUGCGGAGACGACGAGGAGCGAGACGAGCGGUGGGGCUGGAGCUGGGCCGAAGGUCAAGGGGGUCCGACAUGCUGGUGUCAGUUUGGACCCGGUGGGGUGGAAGCGGGAUGGGUUCAAGGAGGAUAUCCUGGAUAUGCUGCGGAAGCUGACUUCAACCGACGAUGAGCGUCGACCGGUUCAUUUCCUCUUCCUGGGAUCUUCUCUCGGCAACUUUGACCGAGAGUCGGCCGGUCCCUUUUUGGCCAGCUUGCCUCUCCGACCAGGAUCGACCGACAGUCUCCUGCUCGGUCUUGAUGGCCGACCGUCUUCUUCCGACAAGGAGACCGCCGUGAACGGCCACCUUCCUUCCCACAUCCGGUACGAAGAGGGAAAGCGCAAGGUCGAGGUCGCCUAUGACGACCCCAAGGGCAAAACGAGGGACUUCAUCAUGCACGGUAUCGAUGUGGCGUCAGAAGCGCUCGAGAUGGAGGACGCUGUGGAGGACGACAUACCGACGUCGCCCAAACGACGCACAUCGUCCACGCUGAGACGAGAAAGCUGGAGCUACAAGAGCAGGUACAACGUCAAGAUGGGUCGACACGAAGCCUACUAUGGGUCCAACGAGGAUCAGGAAGUCGGCUGGACCGAGAAGAAUGGGCGUCGCGAGUCUGUCACGGUCGCCAAGGGCGAGCUGCUGAACAUCGAGUGGAGUCUGAAGUACUCGAUGACGGAAUCGCUCGAGCUGUUCGAACAGGCCGGCCUCGUUGCGGUUCAGUAUUGGCAAGAUCCUAACAGCAACUACCGACUGUGGCUGCUCAGAAAGCCGCCCUUCUUCUUCCCGGCCAAGACAUUGGCACCGAAGAAGGGGAGCGAGCCGCUCGAAGAUCAGCGAUUCGGUAGUGUGCCUACCAGGGAUGAAUGGUCGGCGCUCUGGAAGCUCUGGGAUACCAUCACCCUCGGCAUGAUCCCGGAGCCGAUGUUGCACGAGAAGCCUAUCGAUCUUAGGCACAAAUGUCUGUUCUAUCUGGGUCAUAUCCCGACCUUCCAAGACAUCCACCUCACCCGCCUGACCGAUGGAAAGCAUACCGAACCGGAAAGAUUCAAGGACAUCUUUGAGCGAGGCAUCGAUCCGCACGUCGAUGACCCGAACGAAUGUCAUGACCAUUCAGCUGUACCUGAGAAGGACGAGGAUUGGCCGGCUCUCCAAGAGAUCUUGUCUUUCCGCGACCGCGUCAGACAACGAGUCCUCGAUCUAUACGACGAUCUGGAAAGUGGCAAGAGGGCUCGUACGCGCCGUACCGACCGGAUCUUGUGGAUGACCUACGAGCACGAAGCUUUCCACGCCGAGACCCUGCUCUACAUGCUCAUCCAGUCGAGCAAGACCUUGCCCCCGCCCGGUUUCCCUCGACCGUCUUGGGAAGAACUCGGUAAACAGUGGGACGCGACCCGAGAAGAGAACAUCGUCCUCCAGAUCGAAGGCGGCCAGGUCCAACUGGGUCACGACGACCGAGAGUCCGAGGACAAGCUGUUCGCGGACUCAGAUCCGACCAAGUGGAAGAACCACGAGUUCGGGUGGGAUAAUGAGAACCCGCGACAUGUAGCUCGUGUCAAGGGGUUCAAGGUCGACAGUCUGCCCAUAAGCAAUGGGGAUUACUGGAUUUACAUGCGACAGGUCGGGAUCACCGAGAUCCCUGGAUCAUGGCACCCAUCCUCCUCCUCUGAAGGGACAGAACCUCGGGUGAAGACGCUCUACGGCCCCGUCUCCAUGGACGUCGCCCAACACUGGCCCCUGAUGGCGAGCGGGGAAGAGCUGACGGCGUACGCCAAGUGGAAAGGAGGCAGGAUCCCGACCGAGCCCGAAUUGAGGAUGUUGUGGGAGUCCGACGUCGGCCCAAGACCGGCUGGGCUGAGCGGUAACGUCGGGGUCAAGCGGUGGCACCCCAUCCCGGCUACGAACACCCGGGUGGAUUCGUGUGGAAGGACGUUGUACGGUCAUAAUGGAGGUGUUUGGGAAUGGACCUCGACCGAUUUCGAGGGUUUGCCCGGGUUCGAGACGUCCGAGGUCUACCCGGGGUAUAGUACCGACUUUUUCGACGGGUUGCACAAGGUCGUGCUGGGUGGAUCGUUCGCGACCAUCUCCCGCCUGGCAUCCCGGUCGAGCUUGAGAAACUUUUAUCAGUCCAAAUACCCUUUCGCCUGGGGCGGAGCGCGAGUCGCCUACGACGCAUAA